AUGAAUGAAGAUGAAUAUAAGGAAAAGGUUUCAGAAUUUAUCAGAGACAAUAAGGAGUUUGUUUUCAAUAACUUUAAUGAUAGUGACUUUGGAACUCCUCAACAACAAUCCUCUUCCAAUAUUCCAAAUAAUUCCACAAACUUCAAUGGUCCUAACAAUAAUAAUAACACCAUUGGACAAACAAAUUAUGCAAACAUGUAUCAAACAAAUAACAAUGUAAUACCAACCAACAAUAAUUUAUUCACUAACCAAUCAUCCCAAUUAAUGAUGGGAUCCUCCCAUAAUAGUAAUAAUACUCAUCAAAGUACUUGGACAAACAACAUGAAUCAUCAUAUUUCACUUAAUAAUUAUACUCAAAAUCAUUCAGUUGCUACACAACCAUCCUUCUCUAUGAAUGUUUCUAGCAACAAUAUCAGCAAUAAUUAUUCAAACAUGGAUACCUCAAUGAUCAAUUCUCAACACCACCCACAGCACCAUAAUCAUCCAACAGGCAAUUCAUUCUCAUGGGGAAUGCAAUCCUCUAUGAACCAACCAAACCAAAUGAAUCCUCUUAACAACACAAAUACGAUGAACAUCAACCCGAACAACUCUGGUUUUAACAACAUGAGCUCAUCGUCUCACAUUAACACUCAGAUUCAACUUCCUCAAACAAACCAGCAAGUAUUGAGCGAAUCAGCCGAUGUAUGUAUGGGAGAUGUUUAUUCCUCAACUCCUCAACCUAUUCAACAACAACCAACACAACAACAUACAAGUUUUCAAUCUUCUCCUCAACCAGCAUUAUCCUCCUUAAGAAGACCUCAAUUACUUAAAGCAAACAGCAACAGCUCCAUAACAUUUUCAAAUUGUACGAAUACGGAGAGUAAUCACUUCCAAACUGGUACAUUAAGCACGUGCAGCAGCAGUAGUAGUUUGAGUGAUUUGGUCGCAAACAUGUCAGCUAUUGAUUUGGAUAAUGAUUCCAACAAUUCAGGUAGUGGAAUGUUAAGAAGAACAACUAGUUCUUUUUCUAGGCCACCCCUAAAAAAGGCUUCAUCACUUACCGCUGUUGCUCAGCAAACAGCUAAGGGUAUACAAAAGAAGAAGGAGCAAGUUCUAAGUGUGUCAACAGUACAAUCCUUAGUUAGUUCAAGUUUAUCAAGUUCUCCUCAACAACAAGAGAUGCAUAUGCCAGUUCCACAACAGCAACCACCAACACCUUAUUCAUCAAUUUCGAGACCUAUGUUUGUAAAAUCCAAAUCACACGGACAAAUACAAUUGCAAAAUAAGCUCCCAAGUCUCACCCAAGUUUUUGGAGAGAAAUUCUUUGAAGAAACAAGACCAAACAAUCAGUGUUGA